UUGAAUAUUAAUGAUGAGCGUCUUCGGUCUUUGAUCGGGUGGGGCGCGGGUCAGCACUCAGCAGCGGACCCUCGCGACGACUGGGACUGGCCCUCGUUCCCAAUCGCAGCUUCCGAUCUCCUCAAUCCUCAUCGCCGAACCCUCCUCCGCCCCCUACCCUACGUCCUCAUCACAGAUCGCAGAGGAGGCCGAGAAGGGGCUGCUGCUGCUGCUACUCCUGCAGAGGAGGAGGAGGAGGAGGAGGAGGAGGAGAAGAAGGAGGAGCAGGAGGGGGGAAGGGCGACGAUGAGCAGCGGCAGCAAGUGGUGGCCGCCGGGGUUCCGAUUCAGCCCCACCGAUGAGGAGCUGGUGCUCUACUACCUCAAGCGCAAGGUCUGCGGCCGCCGUCUCAAGCUCCCCGUGAUCGGCGACGUCGACGUCUACAAGUGCGACCCCUCGGAGCUGCCUGAAAAGUCAUUGUUGAAGAGCGGUGACAAGCAAUGGUACUUCUUCAGUCCGAGGGAUAGGAAGUACCCAAAUGGGUCAAGAUCGAAUCGCGGUACGAAGCAUGGCUACUGGAAGGCUACUGGAAAGGAUCGCUCUAUCUGCCAAAACUCUAAGGCUAUAGGUAAUAAGAAAACUCUGGUCUAUUACCAUGGCCGGGCUCCCAAGGGUGAGCGCACUGACUGGGUGAUGCAUGAAUAUACCUUGGAGGAGCAAGCACUUGUUAACUGCAACAAUGUGCAGGAUUACUUUGCUCUUUAUAAGGUCUUUAGGAAGAGUGGACCUGGUCCAAAGAAUGGGGAACAGUAUGGAGCACCAUUUAGGGAGGAAGAAUGGAGUGAUGAUGCCGAUGAUGAAACUUUUCUGAACCAAAACAAUAUAGAACGUGAAUUGCCUGAGCCUGUUGCUAGUGUUACUACUAGUAGCACAGUUAUUGAUGCUCCAAACACUCUUCCUAUAGGGGAUUUGGAAGAUUUUCUGCUACAAUUGUCAAAUGAGCAUGGCAUAGAUCAGCGGCACUCUGAAUUCUCUGCAUACAUCUCAGAGAUUGAUGUUGAAAAGAAUUCUGGAAGCCAUGUUUUAAUACCUUCUUCCGUACCUCUUAAUCCUUUCACACAAGAAAGCACCUUGCGCAAUUUAACCGAUGUGGGGAACAACUGUCAGAUUGCCCAGUCUGACCUUGCAUAUGUGCAACCUACUGAUAAUCCUGAGGUGGCAUCCUUCAGUGCUUGUCCUGAGCAGGGCCAGAUGAAAGCUGAUGAAGAAUUUUUGGAAAUCAAAGAUUUCAGUGACCUGGAUUCUGUACUGCGUAGCAUGGACGAAGACAUUUAUAAUGAUUGCAUUAGAGACACUGAGGGAUUGUACGAUACAUAUUUUGAUGCUCCUAUGUGUUUAGCUGAGUUGGGUCCUAUUGGUGGAGCAGUGCAAAAUCCAUAUACUGGUUGUUUUACUGAAGAUGAGACACAAGAUCACCGUCAUUUGACUGCUGAACUCUGGAUGCAUGAGCAGGGUUUUAACAUUGCAAGUGCUUCAGAAUCAAACAAGGUUCUUAUGGAAAUGCCAGAAUCAGGUAUUGUUCAUGCUGGCACGAAUCAGGAGGAAACUGUUCAGGAGCAACUUGCUGCUUCAGAGUCAUGGUUCAACUCAGCACUUUCAGCCUUUUUGGAUUCGGUACCUAGCAGUCCUGCUAUAGCCUCGGAGAAUGCAUUCAUCAGUAGAGCACUCGAACGUGUUUCUAGUUUUAGAACACAGCAGGUUGGAGGUCGAGACUCAGAUGCUGCAAUUGACAGAGAAGCUGUUUUGCACGGUAGGAGAAGAGGCAAUAAUGGCGGGUUUCUUUUCGUCUCAUUCCUUGUUGGGCUGGGCGCUGUAUUAUGGCUUUUGACUAUUGGCGCAGCUGUAAAAGUUUUCAAGGGUUUGUGGGGAAGAGUCAUAUCAUCGUAGGAACAUAAGAUACAUUAAAGAACCUGGUGUUCCCUCUCUCUAUAUCUCACCGGCUUUGGUGAUCCUAUUAUUUCAGAACUAUUGGCUGUAUGAAUGUGUAAUUUUUGACAGUCGCAAAAGAAAAGAAAGAGUUAUGUUCCAAAAUUUGCUGAAGGAAGGAGCAUAUUAGUAGUGGUACCUCUAUUUGUGGUA